AGAGGAUUACGUACAAAUUGCAAGAUACGACAACCGCGAGGAAUUGUUAUUGGCUCCGGUCAAGAGACAGUGAAUGACACAGUGAGUCUACAAGCUCCAAAUAAAGAAGGGGUCAAGCGUGAGACUAAAGUGGUGCGCCACGUGAUGGUUGACGGAGUCCGAGAAAAAGUGACCACUAAGACGAAGACGACGGAUAAGACGAAUAAGGCGGAUACCGCUUCAUCAUCAAAGAAAUCUUCUUCUAAAUCUAAGUCAUCUAAGUCAUCUAAGUCAACAAAAACAGGGUCAAAAGAAGUCAAGAAGGAUAAAAAGCCGUCAUCGAAGGCCAAAACGCCCUCUAAAGCAAAGGGUAAGACCCCAAAGAAGGGAGACCUGCCAGGAUCUGCUCGUACUCCCACAUACAAUGUCGUGGAA